AUGGGUGUCCCAGGCUUGGGGAUUCGGAUCAAGACCCGUGCAGGGAGAUCGUGCACCAUCGCGGCAAUCACUAGGGGCACCUCGGGGUGCCUGAUCGCAUCAAGGCUCGCCUUAGACCUUCCAGAAUGUCGCAUUCUGCUGGUUGAGGCUGGCAGUGAUGAUUCAACGGACCCAGCUAAUCUGGUGCCGGGUCUGACCAAGCCGAAGUUUGGGAGCGCCGAUGGUAACUGGCUGUAUCAGACGGCGCCACAAAGUGAGCUCAGGAAUCGGCAAAUAGUGUAUCCACGUGGGCGAGGUUUAGGUGGCUGCUCUGCGAACAACUUCAUGGCCUGGGUCAAAGGGCCUUCGGCCGAUUAUGAUGACUGGGCGCGACUGGUGGACGACCCGUGGUGGCAAUGGGAGAGCGUGAAGGACGUACUCAAUACGCUUGAGGACUUUCGGCCAGGUUGUCCGCCUGGGUUGGAGAAAUAUGCGAAGCCGACGCCUGGAGCUCAUGGUAGAGGCGGCCCUAUCGCAGUCCAAUUCAAUCCAGUCUGGCAGGAUCUUAUUGUUCAUUGUCUGGAAGCAUCGGAAGAAGCUGGCCAUGCCUUGAACCCUGACAAUAACGACGGAGAUCCGAUCGGCUUUGCGGUUGCUCAAUUCAGUGUCGGAGACGGUGUGCGGGUGACGAGUGCGAAUGCUUUCCUCGGUCAAGCUCAACGACAAAGACUUUCGAACUUGACUAUACUCAACAACACGCUCUGCUCGCGAGUCUUGUUCCAAGCCACCAAGGCCGCAGGCGUCGAGCUAGUACCGUCUAAACUCUCGUCAUCAUCCGGUGGUGCACAACGAGCAGUCUGUAUUGGAGUUAAGCAGGAGGUGAUUCUCGCGGCCGGAACAUUUCAGUCCGCACAGCUCCUGUUAUUAUCCGGCAUUGGCCCUAAGGCGGACCUGGAAGCGUUAUCCAUACCAGUAGUCGUCGAGUCACCAGCAGUGGGCCAAAACAUACGGGAUCAUAGUGCGUUUGCCUGCGAAUACAUCGUUAACCCCGAGAUCGCAGGUCAUAAUCAGCUGCUCAACUCGCCCGAGCUGCUGAAGGUGGCUGGGGAGGAAUACGCGCUCAGCAAAACGGGACCAAUGGCGGUGUUCGGUGCUAGUGCGGCUCUGAUAUUCCCACGCCUACCGGCAGUCUUGUCCUCGAACGAGUUCAACCAGGUCGACAAGGCUACUCAAGGCUUCCUCGAAAAGCCUACCAGGCCAAGCACUGAGAUUUGGAUGCAUUCUGGUCCUCUCUUCUACACGGGGCCAUGCCCACCGGAUGCCAGUGUCCUGGUCAUUGAGGGUCUGAAUCAAAAUUGCCUGAGUGAAGGACAUCUCAAGCUUAGAAGUCGCAGCCCGUACGACUUGCCCUUGGUUGAUCCACGAUAUCUGAACCACCCACUCGACCAUCGCGUCGCCAUUGAAACGGUUCGAGAGACCCUUCGCUUGGUACGCACAGACGCAUUGAGCAAGAUAAUACAAAAGCCUCUUUUGGCGCCCGCUGGAGACAGUGAGGCCGAUUUGGACAACUUCAUCCGCGAUAAUUUAACACAAGGAUUUCACAGCAUGGGAAGCUGUGUCAUGGGACGAAGUGACGACCCUAGACGUGUCGUGAACAGCCAAUUCGAAGUUGAAGGGAUCCAAGGCUUGAGAGUGGCCGACAUGAGCGUCUGUCCAAUCUUGACUUGCAACCAUACCCAAGUCAAUGCGUACCUGAUCGGAUGGCGUUGUGCGGAGCUAGUGGUUCAAAAAGCUAAAGAAUCGACUGCACGAGCCAGACUGUAA